AUUUCCACCACGUCAGGUCUAGAAGAGAGAGGGACCUGAACCUAAGUAGCCUUGUCUAUUGCAACGCACGUUCAACCACUUCGCCGUUACAAAUCCCAUUUCUGCGUCGCGUGCGCCGGAAAGUCGCUCGUCAGUCCCUCAAUUACGCAACCUGACUGCCCACGAUGUCAACAGGCAUGGAUCAACGUGAGCUUGAGUCUUGCAUCAAGCAGCUCAACAAGAUCGUCCAGGCAAACGAGCCUCCUGCGACCGCCUUAGCCCUCCUUGAGCGUCUGAAGAAGGAGGCUGCUCCCACGGAAGAGAUGCUCAGGUCUAGCAGAGCUGGUGUCUUCGUUGGCAAGCUUCGGUCGAACUCGAACAAGGAAAUCGCCCGCGCCGCGACGGAACUCGUCCACAAAUGGAAGAAACUCGUCGAGGCCGAGAAGCAGGGCAAGAUAAAGAAGCAGUCGUCCCCCGCCGCUCCCUCUCCAACCCAGGCCCCCGCACCGAAGCCAUCUUCGUCGAAUGCGAUGAACCAGCCUUUCAAAGGCAACCCCGAGCUCCGUCGCGCCAAAUCCGAUGGCUGCGAUACCAAGCGUACCGGCGAUGAAACUCGCGACUCCUGUAUCGAGCUGAUCUACAACGGCCUCGCCUACCGGUCUACUGCCUCCGUCACCGAUGUUCUCGCCAAAGCCGUUGCUGUCGAGCACGCUGCGUUCAGCCACUACAAGGGUGUCACCAAGGAGUAUCGUGAGAAGCUACGCUCCCUGUUUAGCAAUCUGAAAGUCAAGAGCAACCGCCAGCUCGGUGUUAAUGUCAUGGAGGGCAAGAUCGCUCCUGAACGCUUCGUCGUCAUGACCCACGAGGAGCUCAAGUCGGAGGAACAGCGCAAAAAGGAAGACGCACUUCAACUUGAGAACAUGAAGAAGGCACAGGUCCCCAUGGCCGAGAAGAGCAUCAGCGACGCUCUCAAGUGCGGCAAGUGUGGACAGAAGAAGGUUAGCUACAGCCAGGCGCAGACGCGCAGCGCUGAUGAGCCGAUGACAACAUUCUGCGAGUGCACUGUUUGCGGUAAUCGCUGGAAGUUCUCUUGAGCCUGCGAUUAGAAGGGGGAGGGUUUCACAUAUUUCGACUGAUGGCGUCAUUUUUCGCUUAUACCCCGUUCUCAAGGCACGGGAUGGUCUUGCAUUUGGCACUCGAAGUUAGUGCGGUUUUGGCUGGUACGGAGUUGGGGACGAGGAAACCUUUUAUUCUUCUAAACUGUUCUUUUUUACCCCUACACACAGAAAACUCGGGCGUCUUUGCCGCUUCCUUGUCGCGGACUUCACUCAGAACGGAACUACACUCUAGAAAGGGGGGUUCGAUGGACCUAUGGCCUGAGAGGUAGCCGCCUAUUCGAAGUUGAGGCGGAGAAACGAUUGAGCGUUUGCAACGUGCUUCGUGGCAUUGAUUGUGUUUAAAUUUAUCAUUGCCCUAUUCACUGCUUCGCCGGACCAAUCUUCAACACGGAGAUAAGGUCGGCCGAGUGCUCUUCCUCCUCCAAACCCAUUGUCGCCACAUGUUUCCAGAACUUGCUCAGGUGUCUCGUGCCCGAGUCGCAGAGAAUCGUAACGACCUGGCUGCCCUUGGGCAGUCUCGUGGCCGCAACGACGGCCGCGACACAGUUGACGGCACUGCUGCUACCCGCAAAGAUGCCAUCGUUCUCCACCAGCCAUCUCGCCAUGCGGCACGCCUGCUCGUCCGUAACCUUGAUCGCGUCGUCGAUCAGUUCCCUGCCGGCUUCAAAGUUCUCCGUCACCCGGUUGAUGCCGAUUCCCUCUACGAUCGUAUCAACCUGCUGCCGCCGCCGAGUUCCUUCCUUCUCCGUGCUGGAAUACAUAACGCCGUGCCGGAUCUUGUUAUACAAUCCGCUGCCCUGGGGGUCCGCCAAAAUGACCUGCAGACCCGGCACGUUGGCCUCUUCCUUGAGGUACUUGGCCACGCCAGCAAUAGUACCGCCCGUUCCGGCGCCAGCCACGAAGGCGUCCAACCUGCCCCCGGUCUGGUACACAAUCUCCGGGCCCGUUGUGUGUUGGUGCGCCGCGAAGUUAGCUGGGUUCUCGAACUGAUCCGCAAAAUAGCCGACACUGCCGUCACCGGCGUUGGCGGCGUGUUCAACAGCGCGCCGCCUCGCGAGGUUAACAAAGUGCUCCGGCGAUGCGAUCGGUGCGGGGUCUACGCGCUCGACGGUCGCACCGAGGUGGCGGAGCAGAUCAACCUUCUCCAUGGCCAUAUCGUUGGGCAUGCAGAUGUGCGCGCGAUAGCCCCUUGCGCGCGCUAGCGUCGCCAGCGAAAUGCCUGUGCUGCCGACGGUGCCCUCGUAGAUAGUGUCUCCACGCCCGGGGACGAGCUGGCCCGCAGCCUCGGCGGCUUCGAUCAUCGACAACGCGACGCGGUCCUUUGGCGUGUUGCCUGCGGCGUUGAGGAACUCGGCCUUGGCGAGGAUGACUCGACCUGUCGCCUCGCUAAGGGAGCGGAUCUUGAUGAGCGGGGUGUUGCCGAUGGCGCCGGCGACGCCGUCUGCGAUUAAAGGUGGAUUCCACGAGGCGCCUCCCGCGUAGGCGGCCGCCGCCUCCUCGGCUUCGGAGGCCGUCUCAUGGUCUUCGAGCUGCACGGGCGGUCCCCAGAAAACACUGCUGCGUCGGGAGGGAUCCGUGGAUGAACCGCCGGUGGGAGCCCGGCGGGUGCGGCGGCGCUGGUAGCGGCGCUCGAGGUCGGGAUAGAAGUCUUUGAAGCCCAGUGUGACGAGGAUGCCAGCCGCGAAGGCGAGCGCCAGGGCGGCUGAGCCAUAGGCUUUUGGAUGGUUGCUCAGAGACAUGUUGUCCGUGUCAUGUGUUGUGCUCCAUCGUCCGCGUGAGUCCCCACGGCGUCCUUAUGACUUCUCUCUGACGAGAUUUCGUUAUCCCGAGUAUCUCUCGAGAACUUGAUGUAGGUGAAGAGGUGAAGUAAACAUUGACUGGAUCACGAAAUUCCGACCAUCUUUUUUCCCC